CUUUCCAGCAUAUAAAAGGAUCGUAGAUGAACUCCUGUCUCUUCAUUGUUCGGAGAGUGUAUCAUAGAAUCGUCAAGCGCUGGUAUCGAGCAUAAAACAUUUGUUUCACAGCGAACUCGUGUAACGAAAAAGCGCGGAAAUGCUGUCAACCAGGACAACCAGUUUGUUCAUCUGUGUUGUUAUAAUGAUGAGUAUAUGUCGAAGCACAUGUCGAGCCACAACAGCGGUGCCACCCAUAUGCGAGAACGCUUUACUGGAUGAAAUGCCUCAACGAAUCAAAAAAGUAUGUGUUGCGUUAGAGAAUUCAAACCAACUUGCCGAAGCACUGAAUGCAUACAUUAGGAAAGAAGCUGCAGCUCUUCUGUAUCAGGGAGAAGACCUGCUGGCGCCUGGCAGUAAUGGAAAACGAACGGAUGUGGAUCACGUGUUUCUGAGAUUCGGCCGGAGACGUUAAUUUCAAAACGAUUUAUAUCAUUCCAAUUAAUUACGUUAUUAAAUUCAUUACGCUAUCAAUCUGUUUUCUGAUAUGGAUGGACGCAAUAAGCAUGUUUCAGUUAGGUAUAUCGUGUGCUUUUGACAGAACGAGAGGUGCACGAUUGAUAAUGGGAGCCCCCCCAGUGAUUGAUUUAGCAUAGGAAAACUGCAUGUAUAUAUCCAUUCCCAGAAAAAUAAAAAAAA